CUUUUACUUUUGUUCUUAAUUAAUUAAGCUAAUUUGUGUGUUAAACAAGAAUCCAAAGGGAAGUUUCUUACAAACUCCCCACAUUUCAGUUAGCUAGCUACUAUAAAUUAACUCAUAAUUACACCAUUUUCUUAAUUAAUUCCUCUAAAUUAAAGAAUAAUGGGUGUUGGAGGAACAUUAGAGUAUAUCUCAGAAAUGAUGAGUAUUGAAAAGCCAAAGAAGAAGAAGAAGCAGUUUAAUACAGUGGAACUUAAAGUUAGAAUGGAUUGUGAGGGCUGUGAAAUGAAAGUCAAAAAUACAUUAUCUUCCAUGAGUGGAGUGAAAUCAGUGGAGAUAAACAGGAAACAACAGAAGGUGACAGUAACAGGCUAUGUGGAACCAAACAAAGUGUUAAAGAAGGCAAAGUCAACUGGAAAGAAGGCAGAGAUAUGGCCUUAUAUCCCAUACAAUUUGGUAUCCCAGCCAUAUGCUGCUCAAGCUUAUGAUAAAAAGGCGCCUCCUGGCUACGUCAGGAGGGUCGAUCAGUACCCAACCACGGGUACUGUUGCGAGAUAUGAGGAUCCUUCCUAUGUCAACAUGUUUAGUGAUGACAAUCCUAAUGCUUGUUCCAUCAUGUAACUUAUUAAGGUACGAGAAAGCUACUGAAAGAUGGCACGAGAAAACACAAGUUCUUGAGCCGAGAUGGGUCUAUCAGAAAUAGCUUCGGAUUUCACUAAUAAAAUCACGCUGAAUAUGUUGGUUAUUAUAUGGGGGUGAAAAGUUAAUUGUUGUAUUGUAAGUUUUGCAUGGGUUUUUUUUAGAGUCAUUAAGCAGUCUCAGGAAUUUUGUGUAGUAAAACUACUAGUACUUGUAGUUAUUGAAUAAUAAUAUACUUGAGUGUU